GAUGCCGAAGGGCGGAGCCUCUGCUCUUAUUCCGGUUCAUGCUGGGGUGAAAGACGACAUGAACGUAUUUUUACGAACCUUCAUCAAAAAGAAGACUGUUCUGUGAGAAAAAUGAUUUACAGCAGUGUUAACUUUUGUUUCAGUUUUGCUGAGUUCAAGGAGCUAUUUGUGAGCUGCGGAAUGCUUGCAAUGUUCAACGGUCGUUCUUAUGGGGCCGAAAUCAUUGAAGUUUGUUUUAGCGCUUCUUACUCUUUUUUUCAAGUUCUAAAGAUCUUUGAAGUUUCUAAACUGUUUUUUUUAUCCCUUAACGAUUGUUCGAUUUGCCAAAAAAAAAAAACGACAUUGAAAGUUUUAACCUGCACAACUUUCCCAGUUUUUGCGAACAAACUUCUCGACGCUUGGUGCACGUCACAACUAUAAGUUGCUUGAUUUCGCCGUCGCUCUGGAGAGAGACUUUAAGACUUCAUGGACCUUUUUCACACAGCACUGAGUCUUUGAGCAAAUUUUUGAAGUUUUCAGAAGGAAAAAGUGAACUAAUCUUUUACCAUUUCUCAAGUGAAACUAAAAUGCAAAUUUGUGGAAAUUUGCUUCCCAUUUUCAUUUUAUCUCUUGUCCACCGCCUUUUCUGCAUUUUUACAGUUCAAUGAGCGUUUGCUUGGUAUUUGUGUUGAGUACAUGCAGCCUCACGUUUGUUCAGGACUGCCCAGAUUUUUCGAGGUUUUUCUUUGCAUUUUUAUCCGUCAUCUCGUCUUCUCAGGAACGCCUUUUUGGUCUGUAUGCUCUUUAUAUCUUCUACUACUUGCAGCCUGCUAACUUCGUUGUACAGGUUAAUAAAAAAAGUUUUCUUGCAGCAAGUUCUCUCAUUUUCGCACGGAAACCAAAUUUCGUACAGGCAAGAAUGGACCCGGACAGUGUGCAAGACUUUACGAAGUUAAUGCAAGAAAAUUUGGCUCCGAAACAGCACUGGGAUGCAUACGCCUGCGGCCUCAAGUUAAUUCACGACAACGCUUUUCGCAUCGUCGCCUUUCCAGAAACUGUUCGUUUGGAAUCGGUCUCAAGAAAAAUGGAAAAUGUUCAGCACGAUAUUUCGUGCUUCAAGAACUACGAAAUAAUUUCCGAUGAGCACGAAAUAGCGAAGGUUGUCAACCCGAACGUGCCGCUGAGCCGUUUCCUGAACUUGGUCGAGGGCGAAGAAAUACAGAUGCUAUACACUGCUCACGAAAUUUAUGAAAAAGUUUUAUUAUCUUUUCUCUGAAGCUGCCAUCGGAAAAAUCAUGAAGGAAUUUUUUUUUUUCCUGAACUUCUGAAAACUUCAGAGCAAACUUGACACUCUCGGCUACGUCAAUUUGACUUACAAUUAUCUGGAUGACCCAAGGUCAAAAAUCAAAACGUAAUUUUACCUUUUUUGUUUCCUAUAAUCACCCAAGUUCGCAGGUGUGUUGAGCGAGUCACUCAAGUUCACGAGUAUAGAACCAGAGAACUUCCAUCGCUGGUAAAAUGAAAGAAAAGAGGAUGAAUAAACGUGGUUCAUCCAGAGACAUAAAGCCUAUAUAUCGAACGAGGUUAAACAAGAGCAGGAGAAAAACAACUCGGAAAUGGCAGGGGAAAAUAGAAAUGAGUCUGAAAUCGCUCGAUUGGCUACUAUCUCAGUUCGAUUUUUCGGUUCCUAAACUCUAACUAGUGAAUCGUUUCAGGAAGCGGCAGAACCCGCCGGUUUUCGUCGUUCUAGUAUCAAGGAGAAGGCUUAUUCUUCGAACGUUACUUACUCGCGCAAUCGCCGUUAUCUCAACAUGGAAGGUUGAAUCCAAUUUGAACGCUUUAAAUCGAGUUGUCUUCCUCAUAAGUAUUGGAAAACAGUACGGUCAAAUUCUUUCGAAGCUUAUUUCUUGAAAAAAUUUUUCGAUUAUUGAAAAAUUAUAAAUCAAAAAUCUUUGUAAAUGUUAAUCUUGUUUUAAGCAACCAAAGAGGAACUGACUGAAGGCUUCGGCGGAGAUUUCAGUAAUAACAAAGAGCGUAGGGAAAACAAUCAAAGUGUUGAUGAACCUAAGAAGAAUGGAACAAUGGGUCUCAAGGUUGGUAAAUUCGGGAACGGCAAAAAUUCAUUUUUUUUUCUUUUCGAGUAAAACUUUUGUUCAUUUUACGCAAUUAUUCUUUUUUCUUACUUAUAAAAGUCUAAUAAAAUAGUUCAUUCUCGUUUUAUAUGUUGAUCUAGUAAAUUAGACAUUUGCUAAGUUCAGUCAAAAGUCAUUGCCUAGGUCAAAGAAGAGUUGCUGGAGACCUCACAGAAGCGUCGUGGAAGGAAGCGCAAGACUAUACAGUUUAUUGAUAUAUGUUAGUCAAAAUUUUUCACAAAAGAACUCACGUUUUUUUGCAGCCGAAACAGAUCCCCAAGAAGAAUUGUCACCCUGUGUGCUGAAAAAACCAGGUGAAUCGAGGCGAACCACAAAUAGGUAAAGCAUUUUAUUUAUUUUAUUCUAACGAAAAAUUUGAAAAAAAAACAAUGUUUUUUUUUCAGAGUUCGUUUUGCAUGUGAAGAAGAGCAAAGCAAUUAUCUAGAAAUUGAAGAGCUGAAAGGUCGCCGAAACUAAAUAAUCUUAAAAAAGUUUGCUUACAGAUGUGAAGCCGGAAGAUGAACGCGAAGAAAACAAUUGA